AUGAAUUUAUUUCCUCAAAGUGAACUAUACUACUCACUAUUUCAUUUCAGCGACACUUAUUCUUAUGAAAAACAAUGGAAUAAUAACAAUAAUAAUAAUAACCACAACACCUAUUAUGAUGGAGGUGGAGAUGAUGAUUCAGAAAGUGAGGGGGCAGCAAUAGUCGACAGAACUCCUGCUGGUGUUGCUCAUGCCGAGGAGGAUGUUGAUGACAAUCCCCUCCAACUCCAUGAAACUAACUCUGAGCAUAUUCUCUGCACACAGUGUUGUACACAUAAUACAAUAAUAGGGAAUGUGAGAGAAGGAGAGAAAUGGAAAUCACAAACAUCACCACUUUCCAAUUCUCAACAGCAUCGAAUGAUCAAUUCAUUCUGCACAUAUGAGAAACAGGCGGAGAAAAGUACAACAAGGCAUUCUAAAUAUACCUCAUCUCAUACAUACUCCUAUCAUCGGAGAUAUAUUGAUGAACGCGUCAGUCGUAGACGUAGAACUCUAUCCUAUCCAUCCAGGAGUCGACCAUCUUCAAAUUAUUCAAUACCGAAAUCUCAUCUGAUCAUGAAGUCAUCGGUUUGUGCACCCUGUCCAACUAGACGAUCAUAUAUUAGAACUAUCAGUAAGCAUAAUGUGAAUAAUCAUUUAUCAUCACCGUCUUCUUCUUCUUCAUCAGGUGGUGGUGGUGGUGGUUUGUUCAAUGAAUUCGUCAGUUGGAUACACGGUUUAUUCAGUCGACCGAAUUCCUCCCAGUCAGCAGCAGCAGCAACAACAACAACACUCAGUCCAUAUGAUAUCAUAGACACAUCUGAAUCAAAACUCUACAACAUAGACAUCAAAUCAGCUUCAAGUGAUCACCACUAUAAACGAGCGUAUUCUGCUCCUAUUCGAAAUAAUCAAUCUUAUCAUAAUAUUACAAGACUAGAAGACGACGCCACCACCACCAACACCAGUGAAGCUGAUGACAUGACGACUGACUUCAAAGAUCUGACUAGAAAUUUGAGUGGAAUGACGCAUACACCAUCUUCACCACCACCACCAGCAUCAUCUCAUCCUCAUCCUCAUCAUCAUGUCUGCAAUUCAGUAGACCGCCAGAUACAGAGACAAGUUAUUACACACCAAAUGAAGGUAUGA